AUGGGCGCCACGCCCUUCGACUUCGAUUUCGACCACAAGAGGGACGCUUAUGGAUUCGCGGUGCGGCCGCAGCAUCUGCAGCGUUUCCGCGAGUAUGCCAAGAUUUACAAGGAAGAGGAAGAUGAGAGAACACAUCGAUGGAAGGACUUCUUGGACAGAUUGGCUGAAUCUGCGGAUUUGCCCAGCACACCCAGCAUUCAUGCCGCUGCUGCGGGGGAUGCUGAAAGUGCAGAAAAGAGCGUCAAAGAAGAGCACCAUGAAGCCGAAAAUACAGAUACUGACAAAAAUUUGGAAUAUUUGAAGGAAGCUGACGGCAACGAGGAACUCAGAGAAGUAAAUGGUGAGCCAGGAGAUAUUAAGGGUGUCACUAGCAACUUGGAAACCCCAAAAGAGGACAGCAGUAGCAGAGGGGCGGAUUGUGAUGAUGAAGAAGAAGAAGGUGAAGCCGAAGAGAGGAACAUCAAAAUAGAAUGCGUAGAUGAAGUUGGUGAGAAUGAUGAAUCCAUAGAAGCUAAAGGCAAGCCAGAGGAUUUCGAAGAUGUCACCGGCAACUCAGAAAAACUGAAAGAGGAGAGUACUGCAGACUGUGUAACGCUGAACAAAGCCUCGGAAAAAUUGAAGGAAAUAAAUGAAGGCUCUGAAGAAAUAAAAGUUAUAAAUGGGGGCUCUCAAGAAUUUAAAGAUCAAAAUGGAGGGUUGAAAGAACUGGGAGAAGUGAAAAAUGACAACUUCAAAAGGUUUGAAGAGAUCCCCUUUGAUAAGGGGUUGUUGGAUGAAUUGGAGCCUAUAAAAGUCGAGUCCUGGCGGCGGGUGAGGGCAUCACUCAGCAUCAUUGAGAAAAUGAUGAGCUCUCGGGUCAUCAAAAGAAAUGAUACUGCAAAUGCCAUAUCUGGAAAGGUUGCAACACAGCUUGCGUCAAUUGAAGAAGACAGGGCAGUAGAAGAAACUCAUGAAGGGAAUUCAGCAGAGGAGUCACAUGAUGCAGAGAAGGCAGAUCGGUCACAGGACGGGGCACCUGGUGAUCCAACGAGUGUUACAUUGGAGGGAGACAAUGGAGGGUCUUAUUUUCCUUGGAGGGAGGAACUGGAGAGCUUGGUUCGUGGAGGUGUGCCAAUCGCUCUUAGAGGAGAGAUGUGGCAAGCAUUUGUGGGUGUUGGCGCUCGGAAAAUCACUGGGUAUUACAACAAAUUGCUAGAUGAAAGGACAGAUGUAUUGGAUGAAAAGGACCUUAAGGACCAAGUGGUGAAUGAACAGAAAAGUUCACCAAAAAAGGAUUCCAAGCCUGAGAAGUGGAAAGGGCAGAUAGAGAAGGAUUUGCCUCGAACAUUUCCAGGACACCCUGCAUUAGAUGAGGACGGGAGAAAUGCCUUGAGGCGGUUAUUAACAGCAUACGCAAGGCACAAUCCAUCUGUUGGAUACUGCCAGGCCAUGAACUUUUUUGCCGGGCUAUUUUUAUUGUUCAUGCCUGAAGAGAAUGCAUUCUGGGCUCUGGUGGGGGUCGUUGAUGAGUACUUUGAGGGUUACUACACUGAGGAAAUGAUUGAAUCACAGGUUGACCAACUUGUUCUUGAGGACGUUGUACGAGAAAGGUUCCCAAAAUUGGCCAAACAUACAGAUAUCUUGGGAGUUCAGGUGACAUGGGUGACUGGACCAUGGUUUCUUUCAAUUUUCAUCAACAUGCUUCCAUGGGAAAGUGUUCUUCGUGUUUGGGAUGUGAUCCUUUUUGAAGGAAAUCGUACAAUGUUGUUCCGGACAACCCUUGCUUUGCUGGACUUAUAUGGGCCUGCCUUGGUGACCACAAAGGAUGCUGGAGAUGCAAUUACGUUACUGCAGUCUCUUGCUGGCUCUACCUUUGACAGCAGCCAACUUGUAUUGACAGCUUGUAUGGGUUUUCAGUCAGUCAAAGAAAUGGGAUUGCAAGAGCUAAGAGAAAAGCACAGGCCAGAGAUUAUAGCGGCUAUGGAGGAAAGAUCAAAAGACCGUAAAUCCUGGAAAGAUAAGAAGGGGUUAGCAACUAAAUUAUAUAGCUUUAAACAUGACCCCUCAUCUGUGUGCCCACAAGUUGAUUCCAAGGAAGGGGCAGAUGGUUUGCAAGUGAAUGGGGACUCUGGGUCAACAAACCUGGGGAGCUACCUUACUGGUUCAGCAUUAGAAAAUGAGUUGGAUGAGGGCAUUGAUCUUCAAGAUCAGGUAACAUGGCUAAAGGUUGAGCUGUGCAAACUGCUUGAGGAGAAAAGAUCAGCUGAACUCAGGGCCGAGGAGUUAGAAACUGCUUUAAUGGAGAUGGUCACGCAAGACAAUAGACGUACGCUGAGUGCUACGGUUGAGAACUUGGAGGCAGAGGUAUCUGAAUUCCGAAGAACUUUCGAAGAUAAGCAAGAACAAGAAAAGGCAAUGCUUGAGAUUUUGUUAAGAAUGGAGCAGGAGCAGAAAGUGACAGAAGAUGCCCGCAUAGCUGCUGAGCGAGAUGCUGCUGAACAAAAAUAUGCUGCUCAUUUGAUCCAGGAGAAGUAUGAAGCAGUUUUGAUAGCGCUUUCACAAAUGGAGAAGAGAGCUGUGAUGGCAGAAACUAUGUUGGAAGCUACAAAGCAGUACCAGGCCGGGCAGGUUAAAGCCAUCCAAACGUUCGCCCCAAAGUCACCGCAUGCAGACCUUGGGAAGAUAAAUCAAGAACCAAAUCAAGAUACACCUAACAAGAAAGUGGGCUUACUUUCUAGGGGGCUUGGAUGGCUAGAAAAGAGCAAGGAAAGUCGAAUCCCACUGAAACGAAUGAAGGCUAAACUCCUGUGGAAUCAGGUAGAAAAUCGUCGGUGCCAGCAAGGAUCUUGA